AUGGUGAAGCGUGUGGGGAGAAGCCGGGCGGCCUCUCCUCGCUCCCGCCGCGGGCACGCGUCCAGGCCCGGGCAGAGGUGGGGGUGGGCGAGCAGGGGCGCUCACGUCACGUGCGCGCGCGCGAGGACCGCAAUAAAUGCCCGGGCGCUCAGGGGAGCGGCGGAAGCGCUCUGCGCCUGGCUCUGCGCUCGGUGGCUGCACCCAGCGGGAGCGCGGGGUCGCCUGCAGCCUCCGCCGCCCAGCCUGACUCGAGUCCCCGCCCCUCUCGCUCCUGCAGCUUCUGCUCCGAGACGCUCGGGCGCCCACCCUGCAGAGCUAACCAGGCCGCUGCCGUUCCACCCCAGCCUCGGCCUCCCAACUUCGCCGCGCUUUUCCCAGCUCCGGCCUCCAGGUCCGAGGGGAGCCACCGAGGCCGAGGAUAGCAAUCCCCCUGCAGGCAGCGCCGGAGGACGUGCGGCGCUCGGGUCCUGCCCAAAUCGGGCAGUUUGUGUGCAGGCUGCAGGCGGCUGGGGAGGCCGGCCGUCUGGUUCGGCUGAUCCAUCUUAG